AAACCAUAGUGAUUGGACAAGAAAAAGUUGAAGGUGAUGAAUGCUUUGAAUGCUUUUGGAAUGGCCAUCGGCUGGAUGGACAUUGCGGGAGUUUUGUUCUUCGAAAUGAUAAUGUUCUAUAUGAUGCGACGUCGUCGAUUGGCACAAAAAUCAGAAGUUGCAUCGAUUGAAGCACAAGAGAAGUGCCAUAGAGAUUCAUUGCCCAAUCUCUUGACAAGGAAAAAGCUGAGUGAAAGCGAAAACAUUUGGAUAUUCUGGGGCUACCUGUUGAUGCUGAAUAUUUGGAUUGGGGUCACUCUGCUCAUGAUAGCUGGCAUCUCAUUUGUGGGUGAAAACAAAAACCGGAGCUUAUGACAUUAUGGUUGAUAUGGUGCGCCUGUGGUUUGGUCUUCGAUGUCUUCCUCAUUUUGUGGUGGGUCUACGAACUUUUUGUGGGCGACGCUAUUGAGGCACUGACCAACAUUUUGAUCUCCCUGCUGACCAUGGCAAUUGAGUUUGGCUUCAUCUAUGUUAUCUACACCAUCUUCUUGAACUUGUCCAAUGCCACGAAAAAUGAAGAGACCAAAGUGGCAGAAAAAUCUAGAUAUCAUUUUAUGAUGAUUUCAGAUCAGAAGAGAUAAAUUCAAAUAUGUUUGUGUUAUAUUCAUAAAUUUCAUUUAAAAGUUUCAAAAAUAUUACGUCUAUAUUAAUAUCUCCAU